AUGGCAUUGCUUGUGCCGCUGCUCAAGGCGCUGUGCACUGGACGACAGGCGGCCGGUCGGCAUCAUCGGCUGUACAACUUUGUGCGAUCGGGGACGUCAAACAUCCCGUUGACCAUCACCACGCCGCCGCUCAUGUCGUCGGCCUUUGCCCUCCUGAUCUUCCGCAUGCAGUGGAUGCAGGCUUCGACGCUCGUGGGCGAGCUUCCAGAGUGGAUGUACCGCCUCUCCCGCGGCAUCGGUCCCUUUAACGGCAUCUCGCCUCGCCUCCCCUUUGACACCGCCGUCGACGAUCGGGCCGCCUUCUGCGCCUCGGGCAUCGAGGCUCUCGCCGCCUUUCUGCCCAUGGACAAGCACUACCUCGUUUUCUCCGUCCUGCUCUUUGUCAUUGUCCUUCUCGCCGCAAUCGCCUUUAUUGCUUUCACUCUCCUUGCCUGCGCGCGAUGCCGUCCGGCUGCUGGCGGCGCUGGCAUCCACUAUCCGCCGGCCACUGACUCGGCCGCAACCUCCACAUCGUCGGCAUCAGAGUAUGUACCGGACUCGGCGCCGGAGCGUCGCGAGGUCGACUCGUGGCACUCGCUUUCGAGCCUUACAAUCUCGAGCGCUGUAAGCGCAGACUCGGAUGCGAGCUCGGUUGUGGCGGCGGCGACGACGGCCGAUCCCGCUGCGCCGCGGGCGACCAAGCGGUUCAUCGAGCCGGACGACGCUUUUACCAUGCAUACCGGCAAGCGACUGGUGGCGAUGCAGGAGGCUGCGCUGGCGCUCGGUCUGCGGCUGGUGCCACGGCUGCGGUCCGAGCUCCCACUCGGAGUCUCGCAGGCGCUUGCCGCGUUCUCGGACCGGGUCCUCGACACUGCAUGGGCGACCGCUAUCCGGAUCCUCUAUGCCGGAUAUCUGGGCGCAACCAUGACUGCUGCGCAUGCACUCUCGUUUGGAACUGAUGUAGCAAGCCGUGAGGCCAAGGCAUCGUUUGCGGCUGGCGUUGUCGUCUACGUCGUCUACUCGCUAGGCUUUCCGCUCCUUGCCUUUGCCGUUCUGCGGCACGGGGUCCGGCGCGGUGUCAUUCCUUCGCGCGGCUCUGCGCGCGAUGAGGCCUUUGCUGCCGCCUGGGGCCCGUUCUUCAACGACUAUGAUGAGCUGCACGCGUCGUACUUUGCCCUUGUCGACCUCGGCCGGCGGCUCGCGCUAGCCACCGCCAUCGGCAGCCUCGCAUGCAAGCCCGAAGCUCUUGCUCUCUUCCUCCUCCUCCUGCAUCUCGCCUACGCUGGCGUCAUCUGGUUUGAACAGCCGUUCCAGGUCCCGUCGCGACACCUCGCCGAGGGCCUCUUUGCCGUUCUCGACGUCGUCCACGUCUGCCUCCUCCUCCCGGGCUCGGGCCUGUUUGGCAGCGCGUCGGCGGCCGCGGUCGAGCGUGCCGCAGUUGCGCUCAUCACCACAAACAAGAUCAUCAAGCACCAGCACGAGCUGCUCUUUGUUUUUGACGAGAUCGACAUCGGCUCGCGCGGCCGCACCCCAUCGCUCGAUCUUGCCCGAUGA